AUGUAUAUCCUCAGUGAAGAGAAACGCUGGUAUAUCAUUAAUGAAUGGAAAAAAGGAUCUAUAAAUACUUCAUGUGUAGCACGUUUUCUUAACUAUCAUGCCCGUACAAUAUGCCGCAUUAUUAAUUAUUAUCGUCGUCAUCAUCAUGUAAACUAUGAACAUGAUGUUGGUCGUCUAUCUGCACUCGAUUCAACACAAAUUAAGCAACUUGAUCGAACAAUACAAAACCAUCGAUCGGCAACAGCCGCUGAAUUACUAUCGCUCACAAACUUCAACACUACCGAAUGCACGAUACAACGAUAUCGUCUAUCACUUGGUUAUCGUCCUCGCAAGUCUAUUAUUAAAGUCAAGAGUAAUAAUAUAAAUGAACAAAAACUGUAUGAAUUUGCUACAUUACAUUACCGUGCCAAUAUCAAGACCUAUAUUUUCGAAGAUGAAUGUUAUGUGAGUUUACGAAAUACUCAACAGGUUGUUUGGUGUAAACGAGGAGAAUCAACACCCAAGAAGGAAAUGUCAUCUUUACGAGCACAUGUUAAGUUAAUUGGUUUUAUCUGGUGA